AUGUCCAACGACGCCGGGUUCUUCAAGAAAACGUCUCAAGCGGUCGCCUCAGCGAGUGCCUCAGUGGCUGGAGCCGCGUCGGGCAGUUUGUCCAUGGGAGCGAAUGCCAGCCACAAGAAAAUAACGACGACCAAGACCAGGGUUCCGAUCGAGAAUGGCUCCCAGCAACAGCAGCCGAUCAUGCAUGGCGCAGGUCAGCCAGCUCAAGGACGGAUAGCGACUGCAGGCCUUGGGGAGCAGAAGAGAGUGAUGGAUGUGCAGUAUGAGGGGAUGGAGGAUGAGUAUGCGAAGAGAGAGGGCG